AUGUGCGGUAUCCUUGCUCUGAUCCUCGCCGACUGGCAGGCCACUGACGCCGCCUUCGACUUACACGAGGCUCUGUACUAUCUUCAACAUCGCGGCCAAGAUGCUUGCGGUAUCUCCACCAGCGCCGUCGGCGGCAGGAUAUACCAGUGCAAGGGCAAUGGCAUGGCCGCCAAGGUCUUUGAGGAUGGCAAGCGCAUUGCUGAUCUUCCUGGCUACAUGGGCAUUGCCCAUCUCCGGUAUCCCACCGCCGGAACCAGCUCCAGCGCCGAGAGCCAACCUUUUUAUGUCAACUCUCCCUACGGUAUCUGCUUUGCGCAUAAUGGUAACCUGAUCAACGCCCCCGAGUUGCGCAAGUUCCUCGAUCAGGAAGCACACCGUCAUGUCAACACCGACUCCGACAGCGAGCUCAUGCUCAACGUUUUGGCCAACGCUUUGAACGAGACUGGCAAAGCCCGUGUGAACACCGACGAUAUCUUCAACGCCCUGGCCGAGACCUACAACAGAUGUCAGGGCGCCUGGGCUGGCGUUGCCAUGAUUGCCGGUUUCGGUGUGCUCGCCUUCCGUGACAGCUGGGGCAUCCGCCCCCUUGUCAUGGGCUCCAGGCCCUCUGCCACCCAGGAGGGUGGCAUCGACUACAUGUUUGCGUCAGAGAGCAUUGCGCUUCGCCAAUUGGGCUUCAAGAACUUCCAGGAUAUUCUCCCCGGCCAGGCCGUUUUUAUCCAGAAGGGCGGCCAACCCCAAUUCCACCAGGUCACCCCGAUCAAGGCCUACUCCCCCGACAUCUUCGAGUACGUCUACUUUGCCCGUCCAGAUGCGGUCAUGGAUGGCAUCUCGGUCAACGAGAGCAGACGGAUCAUGGGUGCCAAGCUGGCGGACAAGCUCAAGGAGAUUCUCGGAGAGGAGGGCAUCAAGGAGAUCGACGCCAUCAUUCCCAUCCCAGAAACUGCUUCCACCAGCGCGCAGGUGGUAUCGGACAAACUCGGGAUUCCCUUCUCCAACGGCUUCAUCAAGAACCGUUACGUCUACCGUACCUUCAUUCUCCCCGGGCAAAAGGCCCGGCAAAAGAGCGUCCGCCGCAAGCUCAGCGCCAUGGAGUCCGAGUUCAAGGACCGCGUGGUUUGCUUGGUGGACGACUCCAUUGUCCGCGGUACCACAUCUAGGGAGAUUGUCAGUAUGGCCCGCGAGGCCGGCGCCCGCAAGGUCAUCUUUGCCAGUUGCGCCCCGCCUAUCAAGUACCCUCACAUCUACGGCAUCGAUCUUGCCUCUCCUCAGGAGCUUAUUGCGCACGAGAAGACGAGGCAGGAUAUUGCCCGCCACAUCAACGCUGAUGAGGUUGUGUACCAAGAUUUGGACGAUCUCAAGGCGGCGUGCACUGAGGCGAGCGGAGGCAAGAUCACUGAGUUUGAGGUUGGCGUGUUCUGCGGCGAGUAUCAGACCGAUGUGCCAGAUGGGUAUUUCGAUCAUCUGAAUGAGCUCCGAGGAAAGAAGAGGGAGGCCGCGCCUACUGCUGGGGGAGAGACCGUCGUUGCGAGCGGCGGGCCAGUAAACGUGGCCAACGGCGAGAAAAGUGUACAGUUCAAGAUUGACUUGUCGGGGGUGACACCUGGGGGAUUGACUCCUUUGACUGAGGAGGCUGUCAAGGGGACUGCGGCAGUUAGCCCGGAUAACAGGCAAGAUAUUAGCAUCCACAACUUGGCAACUGAUCCCAAUAACCGGUAA